AGAGUUAGCCAAGAUGGUCAAGAAGAAAAUUGACAAUCGCAUACGCGUGAUGAUUGAGAAUGGCGUCAAGCUGGGCCAUCGGACCAUGUUCAUCAUCAUUGGCGACAAGGCGCGCGACCAAGUGCCCAUACUCUACGAUAUCCUCACCAAGUCCACGGUGAAGGCGCGCCCCACAGUGCUGUGGUGCUACAAGAAUAAAGACGAGGCCAUAUCCAACCAUGGCAAAAAGCGGGCCAAGAAGAUUGCCGUGGGCAAGGUGGACGUGAAUGAGGCGGAUUUGUUCGAUUCCUUCCGUGUUGCCACCACCAUCCAUGGACGUUACUACUCGGAGACACAUGCGGUCCUUGGCCGCACAUAUGGUGUGUGCGUGCUGCAGGACUUUGAGGCUCUGACACCGAACCUGCUGGCUCGCACAGUGGAAACCGUCGAGGGUGGCGGGCUUAUCAUUCUGCUGCUGAAGACCCUACAGUCGCUGAAGCAGCUCUACACGAUGAGCAUGGAUGUGCACAAGCGAUUCCGCACCGAGGCACAUCAGACAGUCACCUGCCGCUUCAACGAGCGUCUGAUCCUGUCGUUGGCCGACUGCAAGCGCUGUCUGGUUGUCAACGAUGACCUGACAGUGCUCCCCCUCAGCUCAAAGACUAUCAAUGUGGACCCAGUUAACCCUGCAGGAGCGGGGCGCUCUGAGAACGAGAGCAGCCUAAAGGAUCUGAAGGAGAGCCUGAUGAAUGUACAGCCGGCGGGGGCCUUGGUUAACCUCUGCAAGACCUACGACCAGGCCAAUGCCGUGGCCCAGUUCAUUGAGGCGCUGGUGGACAAGCAGCUGAAGCCGCCCAUGUCUCUGACAGCGGCACGUGGUCGCGGCAAAUCGGCCGCCCUGGGUCUCUCGAUAGCCGCGGCCGUGGCCUUUGGCUAUGUGAAUGUUUACGUGACCUCGCCGCAUCCCGAGAAUCUGAUCACGUUGUUCGAGUUUGUGCUGAAGGGAUUCGAUGCGCUCGAGUAUCAGGAGCAUGCGGACUACACCAUAAUCCGGUCGACAAAUGCCGACUACAAGAAGGCCAUCAUCCGGAUCAAUAUUACGAGGAGCAGCCGGCAGACCAUCCAGUAUAUAGCGCCCAGCGACACGCAUCUGCUGAAUGCCGCCGAUCUGCUGCUGAUCGACGAGGCGGCCGCCAUUCCGCUGCCACUGGUAAAGAAGAUGAUCGGCCCCUAUCUGGUGUUCAUGGCCAGCACCAUCAAUGGCUACGAGGGCACAGGACGCUCCCUCAGCCUGAAGCUCAUCUCGCAGCUGCAGAAGGAGAACAAUGCCCGGCCGCCGCUGAAGCUGGAUGAAUCGAUUCGGUACCAGGAGAACGACGACAUCGAGCGCUGGCUGAUCAAUCUGCUCUGUCUGGAUGCCAGCACUGUGCCGUCCAUCAGCUCCGGCUGCCCGACACCCGAUGUUUGCGAGCUGUACUACAUUGAUCGCGACGCUCUCUUCUCCUACCACAAGGCAGCCGAGUCGUUCCUGCAUCGCCUCGUCUCCAUCUACGUUUCCUCCCACUACAAGAACACUCCCAACGACCUCCAGAUGAUGAGCGACGCCCCAGCGCAUCAUUUAUUCUGUCUGCUGGGUCCCGUCCAGCGUCUCGAUCAGCUUCCCGAAAUCCUCGUCGUCAUCCAGGUGUCGCUGGAAGGACAGAUCUCCUCGAAGAGCAUAAGCGAAUCGUUGGGACGCGGCAAGAAGGCCGCCGGCGACCUCAUACCCUGGAAUAUUGCCGAGCAGUAUGGAGAUGUGGACUUUCCCAAGCUCUGCGGCGUUAGGAUUGUGCGCGUGGCCACACAUCCCAAUUACCAGAGGAUGGGCUAUGGCAAGCGGGCGAUUCAGCUGCUCAAGGACUACUAUGCCGGACGGCACACAAACCUGGACCUGGAUAGACCCACUGCCUCCAAGGAUGGUGGCCAAAAUGGCAUAGAAGAGGUGGAGGAGGAGCAACUGAGUCUCCUGAAAGAGCAGAUCCGGCCGAGGAAAAACAUUCCCACACUCCUGCAACGCCUGCACGAGCGCACACCGGAGCCUGUGGACUACAUUGGCACCUCGUAUGGCCUGACGCCGGAGCUGCUAAAGUUCUGGAAGAGCGCCGGCUUUGUGCCCGUGUACCUCAGCCAGAAGGCUAACGAACUAACCGCCGAGCACAGCUGCAUCAUGCUGCACACGCCCGCAACUACUCCGUGGUUGGGGCUCUACUACCAGGACUUUAGGCGGCGUGUCCUCAAGUUGAUGGGAAAGACGUUCCGAGAGUUUGAGACGAAACUCUGCCUGGCACUACUCAAGAACAAGUCCGCGGCGGAGUCUGGGAGCAGCAGCAAACCCCUGGACAAGAACACACUGGACGUGUUCUUUUUGCCGCACGACCUGGAACGCCUCGAGAGCUACGCGCGCCAGCAGUCCGAGUUCCGGCUGAUCCUCGACCUCCUCACAGACAUCGCCCAGCUGUAUUUCCAGGGCCGGUUCGAGUCCCUGCAGCUGGACCUGGUUCAGCAGGGCAUUCUCCUGGCAUUGGGUGUGCAAGGCAAGACGGUGGACACCCUCGGGCAGGAGCUGAAUAUGCCGGGCAACCAGCUGCUGGCCAAGUUCUUUGAUGCCAUGAAGAAGUGCAAUCAGUGCUUCCGCUCCAUCAUCGAGCAGCACAUCGAGGGCGGCAUGCUGCAGGAGGCGGAUCUGCCGCGCGGCGAGGACCUCCAGCCGAUCAGCCUCUCGCUCGACCAGGAGCUCGACCAGACUGCCCAGAAGCUGAGCAAGCAGCAGCGCAAGGAGCUGAAGCGCCUCAAGGCCGAGCAGCUGGACGAGUUCCUGAUCAAGGGCACCGAAGAGGACUGGUCCAAGGCCCUGCAAACGAACGGCAGUGGCGGCGGCAGCGGUCUCAUCUCCGUCAAGAGUGGACACCUGAGAAGCGGUCCCAUCGAGCCGAUCGAGGAUAGGGAGCUGGCCGGACCGCAGGCCAAGAAGAAAAAGAAGAGCAAUAUGAAACAGAAACGCAGUCUGGGCAAGUCCUUGAUCUAGGAGGAUUCACCCUAAGUGUGGGUGGAUUUUAAUUUCUGUAGAAAAUUAAUUACAUUUUUGUUAAACGAGGAAAAAAAACCGAAUAUAUAUAAUCGAAGAUUUAA